GGAGUCAACUCGUCAUUUCCUUCGGCGAUAGGAGCUCAACGGACCUCUUUUCUCUUGCUCAGACGUAUCGCGGAAUGGAGGCGGUGAAGAGAGAGCGGGGGAGCCGGCGAAGGCACCGGGACGAGGACGUGGUGGCGGCAGCGGCGGUGGUGGUGAAGCAAGAGCGUCUCAGCCCGGAAGCCGCGCCUCCGGCCCACCGCCGUCCAGACUUCUCGGGUAGCGGCUCGUCCCCGCCGGCCGGCGAGCCGGGCCGCCCCAGCCACCGCGGGAGCCGAGCCCGAGGAGUUAGCCGGUCCCCAGCCAAAAAGAAAAACAAGUCCUCAGGGAGAAGAAGCAAGUCUCCUCGGAGUAAGAGAAGCCGAAGUCCUCAUCACUCGACAGUCAAAGUGAAGCAGGAACGUGAUGAUCAUCCCCGGAGAGGACGGGAGGAUCGGCAGCACCGGGAACCUUCACAGCAGGAACACAAGAGGUCUAGGAACAGUGACCGAGACAGACACCGGAGCUAUUCCCGCCAAAGGAGAACCCCUGGGAGUGGGCAGGCUCAAGGACGGGAUCGGGACAUUCAGGAGCUUCAGAUUCAAGAAGAAGAGCGGGAGUUUUAUAAUGCCAGACGCCGGGAGCAUCGCCAGAAGAAUGAAGUUAGUGGCAGUGGUACUGAGUCUCAGGAGGUGGUUCCUCGGCCUGGUGGCAACAACAAAGAAAAAGAGGUGCCUGUUAAAGAAAAGCCAAGUUUUGAACUCUCUGGGGCCCUUCUUGAGGAUACCAACACCUUCCGAGGUGUAGUCAUUAAAUAUAGUGAGCCCCCAGAAGCACGUAUCCCCAAAAAACGGUGGCGUCUCUACCCAUUUAAAAAUGAUGAGGUCCUUCCAGUCAUGUACAUACAUCGACAAAGUGCAUACCUCCUGGGUCGACACCGCCGCAUUGCAGACAUUCCAAUUGAUCAUCCAUCUUGUUCAAAGCAGCAUGCCGUCUUUCAGUAUCGGCUUGUGGAAUAUACUCGUGCUGAUGGCACAGUUGGUCGAAGAGUGAAGCCCUACAUCAUUGACCUUGGCUCAGGCAAUGGCACCUUCUUAAACAACAAACGUAUUGAGCCACAGAGAUACUAUGAACUUAAAGAAAAGGAUGUACUCAAGUUUGGGUUCAGUAGCAGAGAAUAUGUCUUGCUCCAUGAGUCAUCAGAUACUUCUGAAAUAGACAGGAAAGAAGAUGAGGAUGAUGAAGAGGAGGAGGAAGUGUCUGACAGCUAGCAAGCUAAGAACCCAGGUUACUGAGACACCUUUUCCUUCUUGGAAGGCUUUGAUUCCGAGAGCAUUGUGGUGCUCUCUGUGAUGCCUCUUAUUGCCUUAAGUCUUUCCUCUGUUGCUGACCAGCUUAUGUUACAAUUUAUGAACACUGACAUAUGUUUUGUUGAACUUUCUAUGGCACAUCAGCCACAUGCCUGGGGCAUUUGUUUUCAGAACAGUCUCACCAAUUGUACAACACAUCGUGUUUUAGUAGAAGUGUUGUGGCUUUAGUUGGUGCUUUCAGAACUGCUGCCCUAGGAAACUGUAAAUCCUCGGUUAAGGGGGGAAUUGUGGCUUGUUCUCUUUUGUACAGUUACUUUAUUUAUAUACAUAGUUGUUAAGCUUUGUGACCAGGUGUUUUUGUUUUGGGGCAAACCCCUGAGCAGAGAAUCUUACUAAGCUUUGGUUAUCACCAAAACAGCCUCCAGUAUAUACCAAAGCUUUGAUCUGGUUGAGCUCUUGAGUCACAGAAGUUGAUUUUGCACUUAGUUUUUUGCGGGUGGGAAUUUAUUGCAGCCAAUAAACAUUAUUAACUGUUUAACUUAAACAGAUGCUUUAUAGCACCUGCUUAAGCCUACAGACUGUACAGAAGGAUCAUGGCUACCAACAAGGGGUGCCAAUUUAAUGUCAUAAGGGACUGAAAUAGGUGUGAAUCUGUUCUCCAUGAGAGAAUUCCAGAUUUCUCCAUGGAGAUGUACAUAACAAUUUUGAUCACAUUAACUGUUCUUCAGUUUUUCAUUUUUCUUCAGAUGUCAUCUCCUUUCUUU